CUUCUUCUUCUUCCUGGCUUACCAACUUACGCGGUAAUGCGCGGCCUAUAUAGACUUCCGAGACUUUUUUUUUAAUGCUGUUUUAGUUAUUUUCCUUUUUUUUAUUCUUCCCAUAUCUUUUUGGGUUCGCCCCUGUAUCAGUGUCACGCAGCCGAAUAGUCUGGUACACCAGAUACGAAUAGACCCUGUAGUUGCGAUCAAUGCACACAAAUGCAUAGUUUCAAUGUGCAUUUGGGAGUUUCUGGGAACAAGAUGCUCGGGAAAAACAACUCGGCAAACAACAGCAUCAUAACCAAUCAAUAUCGACAACCCAAUGGGAAAUCUGUCGCUAAACAGAAACCCACUAACCCUGUCUUUUGGAGCGCGCCAUCGACUCUCCGUCGUAUCCGCUCUUUUAACGACCUUUUUGACCUUUUGUGCAUGUCUUCCUAUAAUAGUUUUAUAAUUUCAUUUAAAACAGUACCAUACACACACACAUACCCGAUUCGGUUAGGUCGUUACAGGUAGCAUUAAUCCCCAUGAGCCAAAAACGGGGGAAAGAAACCGCUACCGCGUGUGCCUUGAUUUUCCGCUCCAGUUUUGUUGUUGUCCCGUGAACGCGCCGUGACUCCAAUCUCGGGACACUCUCCAUCCGCCCCAACAAAGGAAGGAGCCAACAUUGUAGUGCUCUGUGCGUGUGUGUGUGUGUGUGUGUGUGUGUACGUGCUGCAUUGAUUGGGAGGGAGAUUUUCCCGACGCCAAUGCUCAAAUCGCUCCCGCGCGCUCGUGCAGGCUCGGGCCCCAAGAGCGAGAGCGCGCACGUACCCGAGCAAUGGAGCGGACGUUCGCUAAAAGUGCGUGGAUGGAAGAGACACACUGACACACCGAGCGGGGGUUCCGAUGCGAUAGGCGGCCAACGGGGGAACGGCACAGCAGCAGCAGCAUGAGCUACACGGCCGAGGAGAAGAUAAAGCUCGCGGGCGAAGACUCGAAGGACCGGCUGUACGAGGCGAAACAGAACCAGAAGGCGAUACGCAUCCUGACGGUGGCGGCGUACGUGCUGUGCGUGUCGCUGGUCGCCAUCAUGCUGUCGCUCUACUACAUCUUCUUCUGGGAUCCGAGCACGAACCCGAUGCAGCAGAAAACGCAAACGAUCGAUACCCUUAUCAUACCGGACCAUCUGGCGAUCCGGCUGGCGAACCGCAGCGAGGUGCCGGCGAGCCGCUUUUUCCACACCUUCUACCAGCACCUGGUGCAGGAUCGCGUCGUCAAGAUCCGGAAGGAGGUGCAGAUCUCGGAGUCGACCAAUCUCACCAAACUGAUCGAGCUGUACCAUCAGCAGCAGCAGCAGCAGCAGCAGCAGCAGCAGCAGCACCGUCCGGGCAAGCAGUCGCCGCCCGACGGUCCACUCUCCUACCAGGUGCAGGCGGAACAGCAGCCAGGCUCGGCCGCUAGCGAUGGGCCCAGGCUGCACACGGACGAGGACGACGGUAGCGACGAUUACGAGCAGAGCGGCAACUACGAGCUGUACUCCAACCACACCACCAUCCAGCUCGAUGCCGAUGAAACCGGGCCGCAAUGAGAGGUCAUUCUCGCUGCAUUGCUUGGAGCCCGCAGACGCACCCCCGGCUUAGUGUGCUGCACACACACACACACACACAGCGGAUUACAGUACAGGAUUAGUCACGACUAUCUCUCUCACACACACACACGCAUCUCGGUGCGGAACUAUACAUACAGGAAUUGCGCGCACACGUUUUCGUACGAUUUUAAUGCACCAAACACCACACGCCCCCCGCACGUAACUGCUACAAACUGAGGAAGAGGAAACAAUUAUUAUAUACCUAUAUAAAUAUAUACAUAUAUACACGGCACCGACAGCAGUACAGGGAAGGUAUGCGCUGCGAGAGGUGGCAUGAGGGACAGACUAGCGCGGGCGCGUAUCCGGCGCAAGGUUUGUUGCGCACGCCUGGGGAGGAAGGAAAACGCGUGCUACCAGUGGAGUAGAGUGUAACUUUGUGGCCUAAAACCGAAUUAACGUGCGUGCGUGUGUGUGUCACUAGCCCAACCAAAUGUGGGGAACGCAAAACAAAAAUCAAAUCUCCAAAACAGACACACUUUCCCAACCCAUCCGAGCGGACCGUGCCAAGGCCGCGCGGCGGAAGAUGAGUUGGGCGGGCAACUCUUGCAAUAAACUGCACACCCAGGAUGUACGGGGCAGGUAGGGAAGGGGGCACCAUUACAAAGACAGCAGCUAUCGGUUGUACCUUCCCCCCCCCCUCCGCGCCCUUUGGGCGUUUUGCUCUCCCGCGAAUGUUUUAAACGUGAAGAUAUUUAACUAUAUUAACGGAUAGCGUUUUAGUACCUUUUGGACGAGCUGGCAAGUUUAUAGCGAGCGAGAGAGAGAAAGAGAGAGGGUGUGUGUGUGUGUGGAGAGAGAGAGAGUAUAGUUGUUCUCCUGUUUGAUUGUAGAGCCCUCUAGGAGCACGUGGUUAGAUAGUAGACACCACCGGAACAACAGGUCUUUUCUGCAUCCGCUGCCUGUCAUCCGGUUCGAGCGUAGAGCGAUUGCAGCACCAGCAGCAGCAGACCAUUACACCAAAGAAGAAUGCUUUAGGGAGCUUUGUUGAAGGUAGCACACAUUUACCAAUGGAGGCACACUUGAUUGAUUGAGGAGCUCGUUCGACAUCAGCAGCAGCAACAGCACUUCGGCAUGAUUGUAUUUCUAUUUAGCCUAUACACACACACACCCACAGACACACACACACACAUACCCAUAGGUAUCACAACCCAGCAACAGCAGCAUGAAACCCAACAAUGAAACCGAACAAAAACCGUACUCAACAUUUGACUUGUAUGAAACAAUAAAGAGUUUUUCGUUUUACUCUGCA